AAUGACCAUGGUUAAAAUAUAUAAUGCAAACACGAUAGGGCCACGAAACAGAAGGCCCAAAACGACGUUGCCUUGAUUCAACCUAGACCGUUGUUCGAAUUAAAUUGUUUUUGAACCAAAUGAAAAGAAGAACAGAAAAGAAUGGGACACUGAAAUUAUCUAGUUUGGCGCACACUCUCGCCUACGUUUAACUAUCAUAAUUCAAUAUAAUAAGCUCUAAUUUCAAGCUUUUUGAUAUCUCUUUAUACUUGUGUGUUUCAAUCCGUUACACCACCACGGAUCAUAUAAGUUAAUAAGGAGGAAGGAGAAUAUGACUUUAUACAUCAGUCGUCUCCAGUUUUCACACACACACACACAUGGCCCAAGCACGUAUCCUAUGAUCAACACUAAUAGUCAUCAAGGCCCUCUCUCGUUUUCACCUAGAUGCUUUAGCGCACUAUAGGGAUAUCAAUUAGAUAGUAAAUCACAUAUUCUUCAACCACCAAGAAAAGUAAUGAUAAUAGAUUUUGUUGCAACGGACCAGAUGCCAUCAUAUAUAUGCCUAUUAUAGUUAGAUGUCUUUUAUCAUAUGUCCAAUCAUUUGCUUAGUAUAAUGUUUUUUUUUCUUUUCGGUCUAUCUUUAACGAAUUUGUUUUUGGGUUGAUUGCUCUAAAAAAUAGUUAAACUAAACUUUUCUAUUUACUUUCACAAUUUUUUUUCAAACCAAAAACCACAAAACUUUUAAAUCUGAUACCAUUAUGAUGGAUCAUAUAUGCUUUUAGACCAGAAAAAAAAAAUCAGAUCAAAUGGCUCUUUGGUUCGUUUAGUGUAUAAUAUUAUCUGUUUUGAGUCUAAACUUUCAGAAUUUUAUUUUUGAGUCGAUUAAUCUCAAAAAGACUUUAUACUAAAUAGAGUUGAAACAAGCUUAUAUAUUAGAAAAAAAAAAAAAAGCUUAUAUAUUAGAUUUUCUUUGGUUUAAUAUAUAACGUGGAACUUGGAUUGUCUAUUUAGAAUUAUUUACUCUUACAAAUUUGAUUUCUUUUGACUUGCUAAAAAGAACGGUUCGGCUUUACCUUUUUUUGUUAUUUGUAGGUUAAAAGUUAUUCGUUAAAAUAUCGUAUGUAUAUUUACUACUUGCUUUUUGAACAUGCUUUGUAACUAUUGUUACUGACUGUGCAAAUUAAAUAAAAGGAAAAAAAGGUUAUGAGUGUCUCCAAAAUAUCAUAAGCAUUGACGUUUGCGUACAUGCAUCAUCUAUAUAUAGAUAUGUCAUUCACUCUUCAUCGCCUAUGCUUUUGCAUAUCUCUUUUCUCUCUUCUUCAGUUUCUCCUCUCAAAAUGAAAAGCUUCGACACGAGCUCAGUGGUUGAAUCCGGUGCUGGCGCCGGGAAUAACGUCGACGAUGAUUGUCGGGAGAAGAGAACGGGGACCUUGAUAACGGCGAGUGCCCACAUAAUCACGACAGUGAUAGGUUCUGGAGUCUUGUCGUUGGCUUGGGCUAUAGCACAACUUGGUUGGGUGGUAGGAACAGUGAUUUUGGUAGCCUUUGCCGUCAUAGUUAAUUACACAUCCAGAAUGCUCGCCGACAGUUAUCGAUCCCCGGAGGGAACACGCAACUAUACUUACAUGGACGUCGUCCGAGUCUACCUUGGUGGUAGGAAAGUGCAGCUGUGUGGACUAGCACAGUUCGGGAGUCUCGUAGGGGUUACUAUUGGUUACACCAUCACUGCCUCCAUAAGCUUAGUGGCGAUUGGGAAAGCAAAUUGUUUUCAUGACAAGGGACAUGGUGCGAAAUGUUCCGUAUCAAAUUAUCCACUCAUGGCGGCGUUUGGAAUCGUCCAGAUUUUUCUUAGUCAGAUUCCUAAUUUUCACAAGCUCUCUUUUCUCUCCAUUAUCGCCACCGUUAUGUCCUUCUCUUAUGCAUCUAUCGGUUUUGGCUUAGCCUUGGCCGCUCUGGCAAGUGGGAAGGUUGGUAAGACGGGACUGACAGGCACGGUGGUUGGAGUGGAUGUAACUGCGUCUGACAAAUUAUGGAAGUCAUUUCAAGCGGCUGGAAACAUUGCCUUUUCAUACGCUUAUUCCGUUGUUCUCGUUGAGAUUCAGGACACACUGAGAUCAAGCCCACCAGAGAACAAAGUCAUGAAAAAAGCAAGCCUUGCUGCAGUCUCAACUACAACUGCUUUCUACAUCUUAUGUGGCUGCAUCGGAUAUGCUACAUUUGGAAACCAAGCCCCCGGAGACUUCCUUACUGACUUUGGUUUUUAUGAACCUUACUGGCUCAUCGAUUUUGCUAAUGCUUGCAUCGCUGUCCACCUUAUCGGAGCUUAUCAGGUGUUUGCACAACCAAUAUUCCAGUUUGUUGAGAAGAAAUGCAAUCAGGCGUGGCCAGAAAGCAACUUCAUCACCAAAGAACAUUCGAUGAACAUACCGUUGCUUGGAAAAUGUCGCAUUAACUUCUUCAGACUGGUGUGGAGGACAACCUAUGUGAUUUUCUCAACAGUUGUAGCAAUGAUAUUUCCCUUCUUCAACGCUAUCUUGGGCCUUAUUGGGGCAGUCGCAUUCUGGCCGCUAACAGUUUACUUCCCGGUGGAGAUGCACAUCUCGCAGAAAAAGGUUAAGAAGUAUUCUGUGAGAUGGAUAGUAUUGAAACUCCUUGUUUUGGUUUGUUUAAUUGUUUCGCUCCUAGCUGCCAUAGGAUCCAUCGUUGGCUUGAUAAGUAGUGUCAAGGCAUACAAGCCUUUCCACAAUUUAGAUUAGUUACUUGUAACCUAAGCUAUCUGAAUACAUAGUUAAUAAUGAGUUAUGUUAGCAAUGAGUUUAUGGAUGAACCGAUAUAUAGUACUUAUUUCUGAAAAAAAGGUUAUAUAGUACUUCAUUUUACGAUCACAUUUAGGACUACAAAGAAAUUUAAUUAGUGAAAAAAAAUUGAUCGUACAGGCGGUCGUUUUUCACCUUUGGAAACAGAGGAACAAUUUAAUCCACAACAACGUCUCUGUGCCUCCUUCAAUUGUUUUCAAAGCCAUUGAUAGGGAGCUGAGGAACAUCAUCUCCUCUAGGAGAACCAUCAAGCAAUUCAAACGACUGAUGGUAUUGUGGAUUCGUUAAGCUGCUGUGGUUAAAGCUUUCCAAUGGUUUGGAUGUUGUUGGUUCAUCUUGUUUUUAUUCUUUUUGCCAAGAUGUAUCAAAACUAAGAUCUUGCCUUUGUAAAAUCUUUUCUUCAUUUAUAUGAUAUUUACAAUUUAGCAAAAAAAGAAAAAAAAUUGAUCUUAUAUAAACAUAUUUUUUUUCGUUAACAACAAUUUUGUAAAAAUAAUUCUGGAUUACAAUCUACUUACUAUUUUGUAAAAUAACAACAAGAAUCUACUUACUAUGAUAGAAAGAAAAAAGGCAUUCCACAGGUAAUGACGUAAUUUUUUUGAAAAAAAUCGAAAAGUAAAAAAGAACAUAUUUAUAUGACAAUUAAGAUAGUAAAAAUGAUUUAAUCAAGCCCGGCCCAAACUAAGCCCGGUCUUGACUCUUGCUUAUGGAUCCAACCUUGCCCAAAAGCAUCUCUGUUGUUUUCGCUUAGAAGAGUCAAACCACACAAUGUUUGACUUUAUUCUAUGACCAACCAACACGUCCGAAACAAGACAAAUACAUUGAAACCGAAACAGAGAAACACAGAGAAGCAAAUGA